AUGGGCGGAAAGAAGAUUGACUGCUAUAUUGACAUCGUGUCGCCAUACAGCUUCUACGCGUUCUCAUAUCUCCAAGCGAACCGUGCUCGUCUUCAAGCUUUAGAUGUGAAAGUAGAGUACAUCCCCGUCUUCCUUGGCGGCAUCAACGUUGGUAGCGGGAACAAACCCCCCUGGACCCUCCCCGCCAAAGCCGCAUACAGCCAAUACGACGGCAAACGAGCGCAGCGCUACUUCGGCCAUGAUUUCCAGAUUCCGAGUUUCUUUCCUAUUCUUUCGCUCUUGCCCCAACGUGCCUUGACGUUUAUCAAGCAGACGCACGCAAAGGAGCAGUAUGAAGCGGCGUUCCUCGCCUGUUUUGAAACGAUGUGGUACAAGCAUCUCGACAUCUCAGUACCCGAGAACCUAUCCAUUGCGCUACGAAAGGUCUUUGAUGAAUCCAGUGUCCAAGACAUCCUAGUCGGCGCAAACAAGCCUGAAACGAAGCAAGCGCUCACGGACACCACUGCCAAAGCCGUGAAGGAGCUUGGGGCAUUCGGGUGUCCGUGGUUCUGGGUGUAUGAUGGAAAGGGCAAUGCCGAGCCAUUCUUUGGCAGUGAUCGGUUUCAUUAUAUGUGGGAUUAUCUUGAUCUGCCGCAUCGGGAUCUGGAGCUGGUGCUGGGAGCUGGAGGGGAUAGAAGAGGGAAGGGGAGGUUGUAG